AUGCGACGGGUCUACCGCCACCAUGACCCUGAGGCCUGGGCCCGCUCAUCCUCGCCUUCUGAAGCUGUGAUCACGGCUGUGUUUGACGAGUUCUCCGUCUACGAGAACGAGGGAAAGAAUUAUACGUACUCUGAGCACUGCGAAAUGAGCGGGACUGUUGCUCAGGCCGGCACUGUUAUCGACGAAGGCGCUAUUGAAGACCCAGUCACAGAGACUUUAACCCACGAACCUGGGAGAGACAACGAGGAGUUUACAUUUACUCCAUACCCUGUUACUAUCACCCAGGGUCUGGAUCUACUUGUAGUUGCAGAGUCGUCAUCGUAUAAGAGUACUGAGACAGCCGGUACUGACGACGACGCGCCUGGGGCCACGACGAGCGAGCCAACUCUUACGAGGGGCUCUACAAGUGAGACUAAGGCUUCUGGAAGUGCGGCAGCUCGGGAAGAGACUUCGGCCGGACCCUCACGCAUUCCUUGCAUCCUUGCUGCGAUAGCUGCGGUUUUUAUCGCGAGUACCAUGCUGGUCUGA